CGUGGCCUACCAAAGAACUGCGUGUGGUUCUUGUCAUCACGAAACGGCAGCACGUGCACGUUUCGAGAAACCACCCGACGACUAAUGUGCUUUUAAGAAAGCUGCCUGCGAUUCUCACAUGAUUCGCCGGCGGGGAUGUGGUGAUAUCAGUCAGAUCCAGAUGACGUUCUCGAGAUGCUCCGUUUCUCUAUUUCACGCCUUCGUAUGGCUGAUAUUCCUACAUGCUGUUGGAGCCGUUUUUGAGUCACAGGCACCCCACAGAGAACUUAAAGCUUAUCGUCCCCUGCAAGAUUGUCGUGGAUGUAAUAAUGUAAAGGAUGUGUACGCUUCCUCAGCUGCUGCAGUGCACUACGAUCCAGAUCUGAAAGAUGUGAACAUAGUUGCCACAUACAGUGACCAUUAUGGCAAUAUACGGCUUGGUAGUGUGAAAAUGGGGGAUCUUUCAUCUUCUUGGGUUUUGGAGAAUCCUACCCUUCAAGUUAGCGGCAAGAAAAAAGGUUCGCAGCUAGUGAUACCACGGGAGUCAUUUCAAAAUGAUACUAGAGUGGACGAUGCAAGUCAUUCUACAACUAAUCAGUCUGAUGAAACUGAAAAUCAGUUUCCACACAUGGAAUUUGCAAGCCCAGCAAAACUGAAGCGUCAGAUUUUACGCCAGGAAAGGAGAGGUCAACGAACUCUUGAACUGAUCCAACAAGAAAAGGAGACUGACGAGCAGAUGCAAGAAGCAGCCAUUGAGAAGUCAAUAAGCUUUGAAAACUCAGUGAUUGGGAAAUACAGUAUAUGGAGGAGAGACUAUGAGAGCCCAAAUGCGGAUGCUAUCUUGAAGCUUAUGAGAGACCAGAUCAUAAUGGCUAAAGCAUAUGCAAAUAUUGCCAAAUCAAAAAAUGUAACCAAUCUGUACGCAUUCUUGAUGCAGCAGUAUGGAGAAAAUCAACGUGUUAUAGGAAAAGCAACCUCUGAUGCUGACCUUCCUUCAAGUGCUCUUGAUCAAGCAAAAGCCAUGGGCCACACCCUCUCUCUUGCGAAAGACGAGUUAUAUGACUGUCAUGAACUUGCGAAAAAGUUCCGGGCCAUGCUUCAAUCCACUGAACGCAAAGUAGAUGGACUGAAGAAAAAGGGCACCUUCUUAAUUCAGUUAGCUGCCAAAACCUUUCCCAAGCCAUUGCAUUGCCUGAGUCUGCAAUUAGCGGCAGACUAUUUUAUUUUAGGUUUCAAUAAAGAGGAUGCAGUCAAAGAGGGGGUCAGUCGAAAAAAGUUUGAAGAUCCUUCUCUCUAUCACUAUGCGAUAUUUUCUGAUAAUGUUCUGGCCACAUCUGUGGUGGUCAACUCCACUGUUUUGAAUGCAAAGGAACCGCAGAAGCAUGUGUUCCAUAUAGUAACAGACAAAUUGAAUUUUGCUGCAAUGAAGAUGUGGUUUCGCGUCAGUGCUCCUGCUGAUGCGACAAUUCAAGUUGAAAACAUCAAUGACUUCAAGUGGCUGAACUCCUCUUAUUGCUCUGUUCUACGGCAGCUCGAAUCUGCAAGGCUGAAAGAAUACUACUUCAAAGCAAAUCAUCCUUCAUCUAUUUCUGCUGGCGCAGACAAUCUUAAGUACCGCAACCCAAAGUAUCUAUCAAUGCUGAAUCAUCUCAGGUUCUACCUUCCUGAGGUUUAUCCGAAGCUGGACAAAAUCCUGUUUCUAGACGAUGAUAUUGUGGUGCAAAAGGACCUGGCACCUCUAUGGGCAGUAGACAUGCAAGGGAAAGUGAAUGGUGCGGUGGAGACAUGCAAGGAGAGCUUCCACAGAUUUGACAAGUACCUCAACUUCUCUAAUCCAAAAAUCUCAGAGAAUUUCGACGCAGGUGCUUGCGGGUGGGCAUUUGGCAUGAAUAUGUUUGACCUGAAAGAGUGGAGGAAACGGAACAUUACAGGGAUAUAUCACUAUUGGCAAGACAUGAAUGAAGACAGAACACUGUGGAAGCUGGGUUCGUUGCCACCGGGGCUGAUCACAUUUUAUAACUUGACAUAUGCAAUGGAGAGGAGCUGGCACGUGCUGGGGCUGGGAUACGACCCAGCGCUGAACCAAACAGCAAUAGAGAAUGCAGCGGUUGUGCAUUACAAUGGGAACUAUAAGCCAUGGCUGGGAUUGGCAUUCGCCAAGUACAAACUGUACUGGUCCAAGUACGUUGAGUACGAUAAUCCGUAUCUGCGUCGUUGCAACAUCAACGAAUGAAUGAAGAGAGUGGAUGUAGAUGAAGCACACUUGGAAAACAAAAUAAGAGAAACUGUUUUCAGUAUACAUUAGUAAGGAACCAAGAGAGAGGGAGGAUUAGUACGAAAUAGUAUUUUAGUAGUAACUCUUGUUUUAGCAAAGAAAACCAUAAUACAAUAUUACCAACUUUCACCGACCCAAAUAAAAAAGCUCAUCUUUUCA